AUGUCGUCCGAAUUCGUACUUCUUUUUGCCGGCCAGGGAUCAAGAGCGACGUUUUCCUCGGCUUCAGCGACGACUCUGUUGAACCGGGUGGCACAGCACGACAUCGCUUCCCUCAUACUUCAACGCUGCCAUGAAUCCCUUUUACAAGAUUUCUCGACAAUCGAUACUAGCGAGAGGACGAUUCUGACUGAAGAAGAUGCCAAGUCACUCACAACACCCCAGGACCUGGUUAAGCCGUCAGCUACAUUCGCCCAGAAUCCAGUCAUACAGGCGGUGACCUUCUACCUUCAUCAAAUUCUGGAGUAUGUAUUUUACGUACAGAGAGAACGAGAAGGACAACCACACGACACAAUUUCUGAAGCAGCUGGCUUCUGCUCUGGCAUUCUGCCCGCACUCGUUGUCGCAGUGAACACCCCAAUCGAAUCCCCACAAUUCCUAGAAUAUGCCGUGGGGACUUUUCGGCUGGCGUUCUGGACUUCCAUAAGGAGCGCUUCAUACUCCAAGUCUCUCGCUGGAGCGACAUGGGGGGCCCUUCCCUGGUCUUUGGUCGUGGCGGGUCUCACCAAAGAGGCUCUGGAGACGGCAUUGACAAGCGCUCAAUCUCAACUUUCACACCGAGUUCGCGUAUCUGCGGUGCUCGGCGAUGAUAUGUUUUCGCUUUCAGGAACUGGCGUUGAUCUCGAUCGACUUCGGAGUCUUUUACCAACGACUUCAACACACAGGCCUGCAUUCAUCCACACUUGCUAUCAUGGGGGGGAAGAUAUGGAGGAGGUGGUUCAAGACAUACUUCGAGACGUGAAGAGGCUAGAGAUUCCUUUUCCAGACUGGGAAGCGUUGAAAAUUCCAGUACGCUCAACAGUAGACGGCACUUUCCUCGCAUCGACACAACCUCAAUCAGAUACGCUCUUGGAGGCUGCCAUCCGUUGUAUGCUCAUCCAUCCAGUAGAUUGGCAGGCGACCGCAUCCAAUAUCUUGGACUCUGCAUCGCAGCGCCUAGACAUGAACGCCGAACUCUGCUCGAGGGUACUGGCUCUGGGUCCCAACGGGGGAUCUCUCUUCACAUCAGCAAAGAACACGGCUUUGCACCAAAGACUACAGAUUGAGCACAGGCUAACUUUCCAGAUUCCAUCGUCUCGUUUCAAUCUCUUCGAUUACUACGACAAAGAUGCUUCCAACAAUUCGAAGCCCCGCAAGAUGGCCGCGAAACACGGCAAUUUUUUAAAGAACCCGUUCCACUUCGACAAUAGGUUUUUUUCGAUAUCCCCGCGAGAAGCAAAGUCCAUGGAUCCACAGCAGCGGCUUAUAUUGCAAUCUGCGUUGAGGGCGUUGGAUGACGCCGGGUACGCCCCAAAUACGACCGAAUCUUUCCAGCCGGACAAGAUGGGAGUCUUCAUCGGAGCUGCAACAGGAGACUACGUGGAUAAUACGCGAAGCGAUAUCGACGUGUAUUACAGUCCCGGGACCUUACGAGCAUUCCUUAGUGGGAGAAUAUCCUAUGCUUUCGGAUUCAAGGGACCAUCUGUGGUUAUUGAUACCGCGUGCUCAUCAUCACUUGUGGCGAUACAUCAGGCCUGCAUAGCAUUGGAGCGUGGUGAUGCUGUAUCAGCGUUAGCAGGAGGAGUAAACGUCAUCUCCAGUCCAGAUAUGUAUCUCGGCCUCGCGCGCGCGCAUUUCCUCAGCCCAACCGGUCAAUGCAAACCCUUCGAUGCUGCCGCCGAUGGUUAUUGUCGCGCAGAGUCUUCAGUGGUAUUCGUGCUGAAACGUAUGGAAGACGCCAUUGCACACGGAGAUCGGAUCCACGGCAUCAUCAGAGGGACUUCGGUAAAUCAGUCGGGUACUUCCAAGUCCAUCACCCAUCCUGAUGCGGAAACACAAGCUCUGCUCAUGCGAAGUCUUUUGGAUCGAACCAAGAUUCCCGCCCGGUCUAUCAGCGUAGUGGAAGCACACGGAACAGGUACCCAAGCUGGUGAUCUUUGCGAGAUUACCAGUCUCCAAGCCGUCCUAGGACAGGGAUCUGGACGCCAGCAACCUCUCUGCCUAGGCUCCAUCAAAGGCAACAUAGGUCAUGCCGAAGCCGCAUCAGGGGGCGUUGGCCUGGCGAAGUUGCUGCUCAUGAUGCAGAGGAAAAAGAUCCCGCCCCAGGCAUCAUUCCAGCAUCUCAAUCCGCGUCUGUCGAGCAUCGCCGACCACAACAUCAUGAUACCCACAAGAGUCAUGGACUGGAAUAGUACUCAUGAUAGCCCGAGGCGCGCUCUAUUAAACAACUUUGGUGCUGCUGGCUCGAAUGCAGCCCUUAUCCUUGAGGAGUGUCGCACUACGACUUGGGUAGCGUCGUCACAUUCGAGGUCUACACAUAUCCUGAACAUUUCAGCGAAAACUCAGGAGGCUCUGGUCGAAUUACUCUCUCGCUAUCUGGACCUAUUGCGCAACAAAUCUCAUGAAAAUAUCAUCCCCCUGGCCGAUCUAUGCUACAGUGCAAAUGCACGGCGACAACAUCAUGAUGAGUUUCGCAUCUCGGUCACGGGUAAAUCCAUCCAAGAUCUCGCGGAACAGCUGGCGAACACAGAUACGACUAAACGAAGCGCGAAGAAAGCACAACCUUUGAACGUUUUUGUAUUUUCUGGACAAGCUAAUCUUUACCGUGGCAUGGGAGCUGAGUUGCAAUCAACAGCACCGGUAUUUCGCAAAACUGUGCUCCAAUGCGACGCAAGCCUCCGACAGCAAGGAAUCGAGGGCAUCGUUCAGUAUAUAACCAAUGAUGGUCCCGGUAUCAAGGGCAAUGAGGAGGUUGUCUCUCAGUGCGCAUGCUUUGUCGUUCAAUAUGCGCUUGCGAAGCUUUGGCAAUCGUGGGGCAUUGAACCAGACUUUGUCGUCGGACAUAGCAUGGGCGAGUACGCCGCCCUUGUACUUUCAGAAGCUUUGAAACUCGACGAUGCUCUUAGAUUGAUUGCGCAGAGGGCUCAGCUGAUUGUCACUCACUGCACCCCGGCCAAAACUGGAAUGGUUGCAGUCAAGCUUUCAGCCGACGACGCCCGGGUCGAGUUGGCACAACUGUUUGGAACACCAGCACCGCUUACCGUCGCUUGCGAAAACAGCCCUGAGGAUUGUGUUGUGGCUGGAGAUAUUGAUCAUCUCAGCACCUUCCUGCGACACUGCAAGGCUGUGGGCACCAAAGCGCUGCAAUUGCAGGUUCCUUUUGGCUUCCACUCACCUGCCAUGGAACCCGCAGUCAAUCCAUACCGUGAGCUCUGUUCGGACAUUAAGAUGUCAGAAGGCAGGAUUACCAUCCUCUCCAGCCACCUUGGCAGGUUUGCUCGGCUGGAAGACCUUUCAGUAGAUUUCUUGCCGAGUCACAUGCGUCGCCCCGUGAGAUUUUCCGAUGCUAUACGCAGCUUAGAGAGCGUCACGGUGGGUCGGAAGAUGAGAGUUUUGGAGAUCGGACACACAUCAGGAACAACUGCAUUGGUUAAGAAGUCAUUGAAAGAAGGUGAAGCAACUUACAUGUCAUCUCUUCGACCUACAGAGAGCCCUUGGGCUUCGAUGUUGACAACCUUGAAAGCCCUCUUCUUGGAGUCUGCACCUGUCAAAUGGAGCGAGGUGUAUGCCGGAUCAUCGACUAGAUACUUAGAUGCUACGCCAAAGUAUCCCUUGUUCCCAGCUGAAUUCGUCAUACCCUUCCGGGAGCCUCUUGUCGAGUCAACAGAAUCGAAGAAGCCACUAUCCGGUCCUGCGACAAGACUGUUUUUCCAGUUAGACAAGAAGUCCUCUACUGGGACAGCAAUCACGACCUUUGAAGCUAGGUUGUCAUUGAUGUCAAGUUUCAUUAGGGCCCAUAUCGUUGGGGGCACACCACUUUGUCCUGCAUCUAUUUAUCUCGAACUGGCUCUUCAGGCCAUGGAUCAGGUCCAUCCGGCGCUACAGGGACAAACACAGGUGUUGAGAGACAUCAUAUUCGAAUCUCCACUUGUUCAAUCCAGUGCCCUGGAGGAUGAAGGCAGUCUUGCAUUGGUCAUGGAGAAAAAAGAUGCUAGGGCUAAGGGUCAUGGCUAUGCCUUCAAAGCUGAGAAAUCGGGCACAUGCUACUGCACUGGCACGAUAGAUUUGGAAGCUGUUUCCAGUGUCAAGCCGCUGCUGAGCCGCAAGUCCGCUUUCCUCAUGAAGCAUGUUGAAUCGAUGAUCAAUGGGGGCCAUGGAGCUGGCGAUAGCUUCUCAACUCGCAUGAUCUACCACGUCGUUUUCCCACGCGUAGUGGCCUACUCUGACCCAUUCUUGACUCUGCGGCGUCUCCGCAUCAGUCCAAGUGGUCUCGAAGGAUAUGGUAGCUUUCGCCUCCCGGCCAAUUCUUCCAACGCGGAGUUUGUCUGCCACCCCGCUCUUGUGGAUACAUUAUUGCAUACGGCGGGCUUUGUUGCAAACAACUGGAUCAAUCGUGACCAAGCCUGUAUAUGCGUCAAAGUAGAGAACAUCACGCUUCUCCACGACCGGAUUUCUGCUUCAGUCGGUGACGAUCUGAGCAUUUAUGCCAGCAUGGUAGAUUGUAUCGAUGGUUUCGUCAUCGGAGACGCGUACGCGAUGGACAGAUCUGGACAGGUGAUAGCGAUAGCCGAGGGCAUGCAUUUCAAGAAGACGGGACUGAAGGGUUUCCAGAACCACCUGGCACGCCUGGCAGGAAACGGUCAGAGUCAGAGACCGGCACCUCCACGCCGCGACUCAGCAAUGGAUAAGCUGCACCAAGAAAUGCCAAAACAUCACUCAAUUCGACAGAGAACGCCAGAACCGGAUAUUAGAAGCGUCGUGCGUCACGAAGUCUCCAGGCUAUGUGGCAUAGCUUCCGAAAUAGACGGCGAUGCAGAUCUUGCGCAACUUGGUGUUGACUCGCUUUUGUUCAUCGAGCUCACACAAUCCCUCUCUCAGAAGCUUGCUCCAACUGGAUCCUCUGGUCUGGACCUGAGCCAGUGCUCUACUUUGCGCGACUUGGAAGCUGUAUUCUUGGGUGCGACUGUUGCCCCGAUAUACUCUGACGAGAUUGUUCGAGCGAACGAGGAGAUCCUUCCUGCGCCUGCCAACAACAAGCCGAUUGUUUCAACCAGAUAUUCGCCGUUACGAGUCGUGAAAGAUAUGGUGGAGCAAGUAUGUGGCUGUGCGAUCUUCGAUUUGGACAAAGACAUGUCUCUCGAGGAUGUUGGUGUAGACUCACUGCUGUCUAUGGAACUGGAACAAGGAUUGCGACAAAUGGGCGGGAUCAGCAUCGAUGGCGAUCACGGCACCAUUUCCGAGCUCACCAUUGGCCAAUUGGAGAGUCUGAUCCUGUCAAAGCUCUCUCAGUCCCAGGCUCCAAUCACACCGCAAUUAACACCGAGUCCAGUCUGUGCAGCUGCAGCCACAAAACUGCAGAACGGCAAGGACUCGCGAAGUCGGGUGUACCUAUUCCACGAUGGAAGUGGUUUAAGUCACCAAUAUGCAAAGAUUGGUCCACUAGGUUGUGACGUUUUCGGAGUAUCCAGCUUGGACUUUGCUGGCAUAGACCCUUCAGUUCACAGCCUCGCCGAUUUCGCUUGGCGAUACAUUUCCGAGCUUGGUUUGGCUGUUCAUGAUGCACAGGGCAUCAUAGUAGGUGGAUGGUCUUUUGGUGGCGUCCUCGCCUUCGAGAUCGCGCGUCAACUGCAAGACCUCGGCACUCCUGUCAAAGGGCUGAUUCUCCUCGACUCUCCAUAUCCAAUCGAUCAUGAGCUACUUCCGGACACGAUCAUCGAACACAUCGCCGGUACCGCCUUUGAGGCACAUCCUGAUAUCCGGUCCUGCGUAGCAGCGCAAUUCAAAAGGAACACCGGCUUAUUGAAGGAUUACAAACGACCUCCUGGGUCGUUCCAAGUCCCAACAGUCAUGUUGCUUAGUCGGGAGGCGUGUGACACGGCAACCCUCCGCGGAUUGAAGUACGCCUGGUUGGACGACGAGGAUUUCCGGAAGAUGGCGACACAAAUGUGGAGGACGCUUGUAGGCGACAAAAUCGAGACAAUGGAUAUCGAUGGAAAUCACUUCAACAUGUUUGAAGCUAAGCAUUUGCAAUCUUUAUCGGAGAAGCUGCUCACAGCUUAUAAUGCAUUGGCAUGA